AUGGGCCUGUUCGGAGGAGCUGCUGCGAAAGCGUCACCAAGCUGGGUGGACUGGGUGAGUCUCUGAACAGAUGUGGAGCUAGGCCGGUUGGCUUUGUACCAUGCAAGCAGUACAGUUCGGAAGGACAGCGCAAUGACCCAAACACAUAUGGACGCUGGACAGUGCGAAAGCGACGAGGCAGAGCUCAUUAUAGCGCUCCAUUGACGAUAUCACGCUCUUAUCCAACGCCAGGCCAUUCACAUCCUUCAAGGCUUUUCCAACCCGCUCAACAUUCUUCUCCUUCUCGUCUUGCUCUACCUUCUAUACCCUCUCCUUCCACGUCCUCUUUCCCACUACACACCUACCCUCUCCCAAGCUCGACAAACUUCCAGCACCUCGACCACCUCUCUAAACUCCAACGGAUCCUAUAAUUCUUUGCCUUCCAAACAUGCUCCUGCCAGUCUCUGGAGAAGGUACACGCCGAGGACUUUGGCAGUUUAUGAUGGGACGGGAGCCAAUGGAGAAGAGGGAGAGACGAUCCUGUUGGCUAUCGAGGGUCAAGUUUUUGAUGUGACAAAGGGCGCAAACUUUUAUGGGCCUGGUGAGUGGCGCAGCGUGGUGCGAGUGCACACACACUCCAGUUCGCAUCGGAGCCUGUGUAACAUGAGGCUAGAGCGCUGUCCUGGUCAUAACGCGACCAAAGGCAUGCCUGGCUGACUCUGCACGUGGGACUGGCAAACAAAGAUCUGACACUGCUGACGCUCUAACCGUCUGCUCAAUCAAGGCGGACCAUACGGGAACUUUGCUGGGCGCGACGCAUCGCGUGGAAUGGCCAAGCAAUCUUUUGCUCUAGGUGAGUGGAGGCAUACCUCCUUCGCCCCUUUAUGUUGUGCGCGUUCCCGACUGAUGCAAUCUUCUAUUUCGGUCCUGCUACUCGUGCUUCAGAAAUGCUUACUCCUCUAGAUCAGCCACUGGAUAAGCUGGAUGACCUCACGCCUGCAGAAGUGUGAGUAGGUAAUCCCUCCCCUUCACGGCUCUCCCUUUUGCUGAAAGAGGCUUGAUCCACCUCCUGCCCCAGCACCAAUAUGCGAGAAUGGGCUCAGUGAGCUGACUGCGUUGGCGCAACACUGAGCGAGACUGUGUUGACUCAGAUCACCUCAUCAUCUUGCUUCGCCAGGCAUUUUUCGAACAAGUACUUUGUUUGUGGGGAGCUUGUCAACGAAGGCGAAGGGGACUGA